AUGUCGUCCAAGUACGCCUUCACCAAGGGUCUCAAGGAGCUCCGUUUCCUUUUCUGUCAGACUUCAGAGCAGAGUGCGGCCACGAGGUCGUUCUUGCAGCGCGCUUACCCCACCAUGAAGAAGCACAACCCCCACACUCCGAUCAUGAUGCGCGAGGCCGCGGGUACUCUACCCCGGGUGUAUGCUAGAUACGGUCUUGGACAGGAGAAGCAGGAAGCACUGACUGGUUUGACGGAUAAGCAGAUUGAAGAGAAAGUCACCAAGCUGGUGAUGGAAUCUUCAUAG